AUGAGCAACACCCUCUUCCAGCUCCCCUCAGAGCUUGUCACAACCCUCUUCUCGACCUUCCCAUGCCGCGAACCUCAAAUCCGGGCUCUAGCAACUCUCGUCUACCCUCACGCAGCACCAUGCCGGAACCUCAUCAUCCACGGCACCGAAGCCACGGGCAAGAGCGCCAUUACUGCGAAUAUACUUAAAGUCCUGCGCGACGACACCGAAACCGACCUCAAUUAUGCCAUCGUCAAGUCGUCCGAAUGCGUCACGGCGCGGCACCUGUUCGAGCGCACCAUUGGAGCGGUAGCAGACGCUUUACAAUGGGACGGUGCCGUCGGGCGGUGCGAGACGCUGGCCGCAUUGACGGUAGAGUUGAGUAAGAUGCUGAAGUACAAGGAGCGAGGAGAGGAAGGCUGGAGAUUCGUGCUGGUUUUUGAUGCGAUUGAUCGCCAAAGGGAGGCGCCUCCAACGCUACUCCCAGCAUUGGCGAGAUUAUCUGAGAUUAUACCGAAUCUAAUCACGAUAUUCAUCCUCACCUCGCCCACCCCCUCCCUCCUGCGCACCGCCUCAACACCUCACCUCCACUUCCCUCCCUACACCAAAUCGCAAUACACCACCAUCCUCUCCGCGUCCCCUCCUCCACCCCUCCCAAACACCACCGCCCAAGAAACGACCGACCUCUACACCCGCUUCGCAGCCGCUGUCCACGACAGCCUGACCCGCUCCGCCUCACGCACCCUCCCCUCCCUUCAACAAGCCAGUGCCGUCCUCUGGCCGCGCUUCACGGCCCCCGUUGCGGCCGGAACCCACAAAGCGCGCGAGUUCUCCAAGCUGCUCAUCGUGUCGCGGGCUUACUUCCAAGACGAGACAGUGCUGGAGCCGGGUAUUGUCAAGGGUCGUUCUUCCGCAAUAACAACAUCAGCAUCAUCAGCAGCAACAGUAGUGGCAGCAGGAUCUGGAGCCCCUCCUGCAGGCAAAACCGAAGCAAGCAACAAACUCAAGACAACUACAGACCUCGCGAACCUCCUUCCCCCGACAGCUCGCUUGUUACUAAUCGCCGCCUACCUGUCCUCCCACAACGCCCCCCGCCACGACCUAACCCUCUUCAGCACGUGGCACCACGGCCGGCGCAAACGCGGCGGUGCCAUUGUGAAAUCACGCGGUCGCAGCGGCAACACCAAACACCGCAAAAUCGCUCGCAAGCUGCUCGGUCCGGGGGUCUUUGUCUUGGAACGCAUGGUUGCCAUCUAUGCGGCCCUGCGACGGGAGUGGGUCGGUGACGAAGGAAAGGGAGCGGGUAGUGUAGACGGAGAUGUGGGGAUGGCGGUUGCGACACUGGCGAGUCUGAGGUUGGUGGUUAGGGUUGGGGGUGCGGCGUCGGCCGGUGGGAAUAUGGAUCGUGGGGGGAGAUGGAGGGUUGGGGUUGGGUGGGAGGUUGUUAGGGGGGUGGGUCGGAGUUUGGGGGUCGAGGUUGAGGAGUGGUUACUGGAGUGA